AUGGCCUCGCGCCUCCUCUCGGCGCUCACGCCGCUCCUCCUCCUCCUCCUCACGGCGGCGUCUCCCGCGUCCGAGGCCACGCAGCGUCCGUCUCCCACAACGCCCUCUCCAGCGAGAUCCCGCGGGCGUAACCGCCUGUCGGGCGGGGUCCCGCCGCUGCCAGGCACGCUGGUGUACCUCUCGCUGGCGGGGAACCAGCUGUCCGGCCCCGUCGGCGCCGCGCUGCGGCGGCUGCCCAGGCUGUCGUUCCUCGACCUCGGCCGAAACUGGUUCUCCGGCGAGGUCCCCGGGGAGGUGUUUGCGUUCAGCCGGAUCAGGUACCUGCAGCUUCGCAAGAACGCCUUCUCGGGGGAGCUCCGUCUGGCCGGGCGCGUCCCGUCGGGCGCCACCGUCGACCUCAGCCACAACGCGCUCUCCGGCCGCGUCCCGCCCGAGCUCGCCACGGCCGCCGCCGUGUACCUCAACGGCAACCGGGCGGAUCCCGCCGUCGCUGCUCCAGCUCCGGGACCUGCGCACGCUCGUCCUCUCCCACAACGCCCUCGCCGGCGAGAUCCCGCGGAGCUUCAGGUCCCCGCUGCUCCACCCGACAUCCAAGAAGAAGAGGGUGAGCGCCUCACCGCAGCCAGGAGGAACUACAAGAUUAACAAUGGUCACCUUAGAGAUGGCAUGGCAAAAUCCAAAAUUUGA